AUCAGUUAUCACCGAUACAAUCAUGUGUAAUCAGCUGAAUAUCCAGACCAGAAAAGGAAUAGUAGUCAGGACAGCGUGGGCUCUUCUAUUUUGUCUGCCGUUUGUAACAGGAAUCAGUCUCACACCCUGCGGUAGUGAUGGUGUUCAGGAACUGCUGGCUGACCAAGAAACUCAUUUCAUCUGCACGGCAGAGGGGCCAGUACAAUGGAGAUUACAACUAAGUAAAACCACAAUUGCCUAUUUUCUAGCAGUGUGCGACCAGCAGUGUGUUCAGCUGGAUACAGUGAACGAGCUUUUCAUCGCAAGAAGGACAGAUGCCCACAGAUCAGCUAUGAUCGUCAAACCUGCGAGCAACCCAUUGAUAUACAACAACAUCCAGUAUCUGAACGGCAAUCUGGGGUGUAGUGUGAGAGAUGUUGACAACAUGUCAGCUUGGUGUGGACUCAACUAUGUGGCUCCACCAAAGAACGUGUCAUGCACGGCAACUAAUGUGUCCUGGUCUGUCAGUGUGUCGUGUACUGUCGCCAGUGUCUUCUCCUCUCGGAAAAGUUACAGAUGUCAGCUAAUCCUCUUACACGAUUUGUCAAAGAAUAAAACCAUAGCAAACAUGACUAUGGCAACAUCAUCUAGUAAUGAACACAUCACAAAGAGUGAAGUGAAGGUGUCCGGUUUCUGUCUGUUCAACACAAUUCUCCCAUCAGAGAAAGGACUCUAUGGCUUUUAUGUUUCUGUCUCACCUGGUGGACAAUACUUUUCUGCCAGUCAUAAGCGAUUCGCAAACGGCCCACGCCACCAACCACAUGGUGUAGCCCACAGCCCUAUGUGUUAGAAAACACUGAAGUCAC